UGUUUGCGUGCCCUCCUGGGAGGUGUGGUCAAGGAAUGCUUUGGGUUACGUAACAAACAAAACGUGACUACGUUGGGCGACGUUCAAAGUGACUCAGGCAUCAGGAAAUCAGCUGAAACUGUUCAUUUCUCACUGGUGUAUUUUUCACAUAGCGAACGUCUGACAUCAGAUAGGAAGGCGGUCCGUCGCUUCGUGAGGAGUUUGUCCUCCUGUCCUGGUUUUGAUGGAAAGGAGCGCUCAAGCUGAAGGAACAGACCCACAAGAAGUUCAGUCUUGAAGGCGAAGAAUGUGAAGAAGGGGACGAUGUGCUCUACAGGAAGCAACACGGAGCUACAGCCGACAACGUCUGACCCAGCUCUCCUCCUGGAGCUGAAGACAAGACGGCCUCCGUCGCUGCUGGACCUGGCGGGAUGUGAGACCUGGAGCGUGGAUUUCUCUCCGGACGGCGCCUGGUUCGCCUGGUCGAUGGGACACGGCAUCGUCUGGGUCGUCGCUUGGCCUCUCGACUCCGAAGAGGGGCAGGAUGGAGAGACCGACAGAGCAGAUAAGAGCUUCAGUUGUGGUCACCCGGUGUGGGGACUGGCCUUUGGACCCAAACCUCCCAGGUCGACAACGGCGGCACCUCCAACUAUACCAUCAAAAGGGAAAAGCAGCCUGUUCCUGGCCACCGGCCUGGAGAACGGUGUGAUCAAAGUCUGGAACGUGUUAACAGGGAAUGCUGUUUUUGAUCUCCGUGGCCACGAGGGCGUUGUUAGGAAUCUGGUUUUUCCACAGAACGGCACCCUCACGCUCAUCUCAUCCUCCCGGGACAAAACUUUGAGGAUAUGGGACCUGGCUCACAAAGGUAAAAAGGUGCAGGUUCUUUCUGGCCACAAAGACUGGAUCAGCUGCUGCUGCGUCUCAUCUGACUGCAGCAUGAUUGCUUCUGUUGGCAGGUUUGACAGGAUGGUGUGCCUGUGGAGUCUUCGCUCCUAUACGUUUAUGAGGAACCUGACAGGGACCAAUAAGAAGCUAUGCCUCCUGUCCUCCUGCGACUUCUCUCCAGACGGAGCAGUUCUUGCCACUGCGGCCUUCAGCGGCUCCAGCUGGUGGAUCGACCUUUGGGAUCCCUACACUGCUGAGAAACUGGCCACUCUGGCGGAUUACUUUGAAGAUUAUGGUCAGAACCAAAUAUCUGCAAUACAGUUCUCCCCAGAUGGUUUGCAUUUGGCAAUCGUGACCGAAGACAGAGCUCUGAGGAUCUGGGAGCCCGGAGAGAGACAUAUGACAAUGCAGACGAAACGAGACAGAGACUCCAGUGGACUCUGCUGCAACUACCAUCCACAAGGGGGUGUCAUUGCAACAGGGACCAGAGACGGCCACGUGAGGUUUUGGAGGACGCCCAGGACGGUUCCAAGCCUGUGCCACCUGUGCCGCGCCAUAACGCGCUACUCUGUGUCGACACAGCAGAUCGAGGCGCUGCCACUGCCCAAAAGGAUCCUCGAGUACCUCACCUACAGAAACAUCCCUGAACGCCUCAAGACCUGCUGCUCAUCAGAUGAAGAGGACUGGGAGAGUUAAAAGUAGAGCUAACACAUAACUCAUAGAUAACUUAGUACACUAAUAAAAAUGUGUUUUUGUUAACCAAUAGGAGACAGGUUUGAAGUUUGGGAGAUUAAUGAAAACCAUCUAUCAAUGUAAUCUACUUUAGAUGCACUAAGGGAAUUCAUUUAUUGCACUACCACUUUAAUAAGACCCAUAAACAAAAUGUUCACAUAUGACUUGAAUAUUGCAAUUUUAUACUGCUAAAUUAUUGUGUAAAUAACAACUGUACAUACGUUUCUAAUCCCUGUGGUUUAAAAGGUGUGUGUUUCUGCUUAAUUUGCACAUGUUAAUUGUUAAUUUAAUAUAACCCCAAACUGGAAUUAAAGAGCAAAGUUUUAUUAAAAAGCUGAACAAAAUAAACA